CCAAACUCGGCCCAAAACCCGCUAGCAUGGCGGGCGGCCCAGUUGUGUCCCAUAGUGCUAACCCCCUGCUUUCCCUCCAGCGCUUCGACCUCGGCUCACGACUCGCCGUGUCAGCGACCGACUCUCUCUGUACUACUGUACCAACUAGCCAGCCAGCUUUCGGCCCCAAAGCCGAUACCUCGUGCCCACGGCCCACGCCCUCCGUACCAUCUUCCCUCGGCGUAGCAACGACGAAGGGACACUCCUCUUCCCAUUUUCUUCUUAAACCUCUCCAUCCAAACUCUCCUCCUCCCCCGCAACCUUUCCUUCCCCAUCUUCUUCUUUGUUUGUUCUCCAUACCUGUCCUUCGGAGCGCAUCAACACACCUCAAUCAAAAUGGCACCCAGAGUUAUCGUCGUUGGUGGUGGUCUGUCCGGCUUGAGUGCCGCGCACACCAUCUACCUCGCCGGAGGCAACGUCGUCGUCCUCGACAAGCAGGGCUUCUUCGGUGGCAACUCCACAAAGGCCACCUCUGGUAUCAACGGUGCCUUGACCCGGACACAGGUCGACACCGGUAUCGCCGACAGCGUCAAGCAGUUCUACGAUGACACCCUGAAGUCUGCCCGUGACAAGGCCCGCCCCGACCUGAUCAAGGUUCUUACCUACAAGUCCGCUGCCGCCGUCGAGUGGCUUCAGGAUGUUUUCAACCUUGAUCUCACCCUCGUCUCACGGUUAGGAGGUCACUCCCAGCCCCGUACUCACCGUGGCCACGAUGCCAAGUUCCCCGGUAUGGCCAUCACCUACGCUCUCAUGCAGAGACUUGAGGAGCUUGCCGAGACCGAGCCCGGCCGUGUCGAGAUCAUCAAGAAGGCCCGCGUUACCGGCCUGAACAAGGACGGCAACACCGUCACCGGUGUCACAUAUGAGUUCAACGGAGAGGAGCAGACGGUCGAUGGACCCGUCAUCCUUGCCACCGGUGGCUACGCCGCCGACUUUGGCGAGACGUCUCUGCUCAAGAAGCACCGCCCCGAUACCUAUGGUCUCGCCACCACCAACGGCACUCACGCCACGGGUGACGGCCAGAAGAUGGUCAUGGCCAUCGGAGGUAACGGUAUCGACAUGGACAAGGUCCAGGUCCACCCUACCGGUCUGGUCGACCCUAAGGACCCCGGCUCCAAGUGGAAGUUCUUGGCUGCCGAGGCCCUCCGAGGUGAGGGUGGUCUCCUGCUCAACGCCGAUGGCGACCGUUUCUGCGACGAGCUUGGUCACCGUGACUACGUGUCCGGCAUGAUGUGGAAGGAGAAGGACAAGAACAAGUUCCCUAUCAGACUUGUCCUCAACUCAAAGGCCUCCAAGGUCCUCGACUUCCACACUCGCCACUACUCUGGCCGUGGCCUGAUGAAGAAGAUGACCGGCGCCGAGCUGGCCAAGGAGAUCGGCUGCAAGCCCGACCACCUCCAAAAGACCUUCACCACCUACAAUGCCAUUGCUGAUGGCAAGCAGAAGGACCCUUGGGGCAAGAAGUUCUUCCACAACCUGCCUCUGGAUAUCAAUGACGACUUCCACGUCGCGCUGAUGGAGCCCGUGCUUCACUUCACUAUGGGUGGCAUCGAGAUUAACGACAAGGCCCAGGUUCUCAACAGCGAGCAGAAGCCCUUUGACGGCCUGUUUGCUUGCGGUGAGCUUGCCGGUGGUGUCCACGGUGCCAACCGUCUCGGUGGUUCUUCCCUGCUUGGCUGCGUCGUUUACGGCCGCGUUGCCGGUGACACCGCUAGCAAUUACCUAUUCCAGCAGGCCCUCAGCGGCGCCGGAGGCGCUACAUCGCGUCUGGGCCAAAUCUCCCUGCACCUUGACCCCGCCCAGCCUGGUCGUGUUACGAUUGACUGGAACAACGCUGGCGGUGCCGGUGGUCAGGGUAUCCCUGCCAACCAGACCACGUCGGCCGCUGGUCCCACGCCCGAGAAGGACGGCCAGAAGGCGUCGAAGCCCAACAACCCCAAGGAGUUCACGAUCCCCGAGAAGGAGUUCACUAUGGAGGAGGUCGCCAAGCACAACACCAAAGAGGACCUGUGGGUCGUCGUUAAGGGUGUUGUGAUGGACCUGUCCAACUGGCUCGAGGAGCACCCUGGUGGCCCCCAGGCCAUCAUGAACUUCAUGGGCCGUGAUGCGACCGAGGAGUUCGAGAUGCUGCACGACGACGAGGUUAUCCCCAAGUACGCACCACAGCAAGUGAUUGGCCGCGUCAAGGGCCAGACGCCAAGUCUGGAGCUCUAGGAUGCGUGAUGAUCUACGACGCGGCACGAUGGAACUUGGUUUUGGGUAAAAUAGUGAUAACUGGAGUAACGGGUGCGCAUUGGCGCACUUUUGAAUUUGGGCAUUUCUUCAUGAGUAGUCACUAUCUCGGGAUUGUAUUCAUAGAUACAUGUUGUAUUCUUU